AUGGCUUCGCCAAAGUAUCUGACCGGCGAUAAAGCCGCCAUCGAUGCGUUCAUCGACCAGUUUGACACGUUUCUCUUUGACUGCGACGGCGUCCUCUGGUCCGGCGACCAUGUCUUCGAAGGCGUCCCCGAGACGAUAAGCAUGCUCCGCUCGCGCGGCAAGCGCACCGUCUUCGUCACCAACAACUCGACCAAGUCGCGCGACGAGUACGUCAAGAAGCUCACCAACCUCAGCAUCCCCGCCGAGGUCGAGGACGUCUUCGGCUCCGCCUACUCCUCCGCUGUCUACAUCUCCCGCAUCCUGCAGCUGCCCCCAAACAAGCGCAAGGUCUUCGUCAUCGGCGAGGCCGGCGUCGAGAAGGAGCUCGCCUCCGAGGGCGUCGCCGUCGUGGGCGGCACCGACGAGCGCUUCCGCAGGGACAUCACGCCCGCUGACUUCGAGGGCAUAGCCAACGGGUCCCUGCUCGACCCGGAGGUGGGUGUCGUGCUGUGCGGGCUCGACUUCCACAUCAACUACCUCAAGCUCGCCUACGGGCUGCACUACCUGAAGCGCGGAGCUGUCUUCCUUGCCACCAACACGGAUUCGACGCUGCCGCUGCAUCACGACCUCUUCCUCGGUGCCGGGUCCGUCAUGGUGCCCUUGGCUAACGCCACGGGCCAGAAGCCGCUCGAGCUCGGCAAGCCGAGCCAAGCCAUGAUGGACGCCAUCGAGGGCAAGUUCCACUUCGACCGCUCGAAGACCUGCAUGGUUGGCGACCGCCUCAAUACCGACAUCAAGUUCGGCGUCGACGGUAAGCUGGGCGGCACGCUCCAUGUCGAGACGGGCGUGGACAAGAAGGAGGAUUGGGAGAAGGCUGAUGCCAUUGCCGUCCCCUCAUUUUACGUCGACAAGUUGAGCGAUCUGAGACAUGCAGCAUGA